CACGUCACAUUGUCAUGUCAUUUCAAAACUCUUGCUUUGAAAGGUAAGCAGCACUGUGCUGGACAAUCUCUGCAACCUCGAUUUUUAUAUUGAAGGAAGUCGUGCAAGGUCCAGUGAGGUACAAACCAACAAUCAGUCCCUUUUACUCAGGAAGUGUUGUUGAAUUCAGUCAACACGUUCAGAACCAGGAGGACCAGAGAACCUAACGGUAGCUGAUCAGGCUGUUCUCCGGACUUGUGUCACUCUCUGGGAGGAAUGGAGGAAGCGAAACGAGAUGCCUUUGAUAACGCCAGACUUCAGGUAAUCAAAGAUGGCUACGAGAGGGCCUUCGAGUGCAUCAACAAAGGACUCACAGUAGAUGAAGCUGGAGACAAAGCACAGGCCCUGGAGCUCUACAAGCGAGGGAGACAGCACCUUGUCAGGGCCAUCAGUGUGCCAACGCAGGGAGAGGAGUGUGUGGGCAGCUCCUGGGAGUCGGCCCGACAGAUGAAGCAGAAGAUGCAGGAGACGCUGGACAACAUCACCACUCGCCUGGCCAUACUUGAGACCAGCUCUGACCUUGAAUCCGCACCAACACUGAACAGUGCAUCUCCCCCCAAUGCUAUGGACGCCCCUGCUGAAGGUCUGUACCCAACACUGCCCCCCAAACAGAAACCAGAGAGGCCAACUCCACCACAACCACUUUCUGCUAAUGCCCCAGCAGCAGGAGCUGUCGGAGGCAAACCCGCAGGCAGCAGUGAGGGUCCUCCUCUCUCUCCCUCCAAACAGCCUGCUGUAUCAGGUGAACAGCCUCCAGCUUACUCUCCUCAGGCGGCUGAUGGUCACCUUUCUAUUUCUUAUGGAACAGAAGCAGGGGAGAUGUCACUGGUGGGAGAGGAGUUCUACAGUCGUACGUCUAACUCGACACCAUCUCCUCAGAGUAUGGGUGAGGAAGGAGAGGAGCUGGUGUACAUCCCUCAUGGGGUACAGAUAUUCUUUGUCACACCUGAAGGGCAGGUGAGCGCUCCUUCGUACCCGGGCUACCUGCGGCUGGUGAAGUUCACAAGUGAUCACUCCGACAGAAUGCCAAACCGACCACCAGCUUUUCUGCAGGUGUGUGACUGGAUCUACCCUCUCAUGGCCAUGGACUCCCCGGUGCUGCUGUGUAACACUGGUGUGUUUAUGUUUCCUGACAUGAUGGCGCCAGGUCCAGGCUAUUAUGUCGGGGUAGUGUUGUCCUCAGAGCUGCCUGCUGUUGAGAGAGAGCUGUUUCAUGACCUGCUGUCCCAGAUGACAGAUCUCAGGGUUCAGGCUCCAGAUGAAGCCACAGACACCAUUAAUCUCAGUCAGAAGGUGUCCAUCGCUGCAACCGAGGACACUGCACCCGAAGAGACUGCACCAGCUGAAACCGAGGACGAAAAGCCUUUGCCUGAGUGGAGCGAAAAGGUGGCGAAUGGGAUCCUGACAGGUGCAUCCUGGCUAAGCUGGGGCUUGGUUAAAGGAGCCGAGUUUACGGGCAAGGCCAUCCAUAAAGGAGCAUCUAAGCUAAGAGAACACAUCACUCCUGAAGACAAACCCACUCACGUCAGCCCGACCGUCACCAAAGGCCUCCAUGUUGCCAAGCAAGCGACAGGAGGAGCCGUCAAAGUCAGCCAGUUUUUAGUGGAUGGAGUGUGUACUGUUGCUGGCUGUGUGGGUCGAGAGUUGGCUCCACACGUGAAAAAACACGGAGGCAAGCUGAUCCCAGAGUCCAUGAAGAAAGACAAGGAUGGACGUUCCAAUAUAGAUGGAGCCAUGGUCGUGGCUGCCAGUGGAGUGCAAGGAUUCGCCACCAUGUGGACCGGUCUGGAAUUUGCAGCAAAGAAUAUUACCACAAGUGUAGCAUCAGAGACGGUCACCACCGUAAAGCACAAAUUUAGGGGUCUACAAAACAUCUUUGACCCACCCAAUGAGAAGAAGUGUAUGGAGCCGCAGCCGGACAAGCAACAGACCACGCAGUCAAUUCUGCCAUUAACGUGGGCAUCACUGCCUUCAAUGUUGACAACCUUGGGAUCAAAGCUGUCGUGAAAAAGACUGGAAAGCAAACGGCGAAGGCCAUUUUGGAUGACUACAAGAUUCAGGAAAAACCAGAGAACAUAAAAGAAGUGGAGAAAUCCAAAAAAUAACCGUCAGUGCCCUGCCUCACUCCUUCAGCCUUAAAGCAUAAUUUGUAUUCUUCUACCAAAUAAAAUUAUUUUAAAAUUUACUAUUUAUAGAAAUAUAUGUUCUGUAUUUACAAGACAACUACUGUCACAUACAUAAUAUAGUUUCAUACACCUUUAUGCACCUUAAUCUUUAUUUAUAAUAAGGUAGAUGGACCUAAAUGAAGAAAAGCAGCAGAUUUUAUAACUUAUAUAAAAUCUUAAAGAUAAGUUUAAGGUAUGUUGAUGUAAUGACACUCUAUAACAUUCAGGUAUUAUCACUUUUCUUGGAAGAUAUUAAUAAACUAUGCUGUGUGCACUAAGGACCUUUUUUAUGGCUAGACACUGGACAUAUUUCUCAGUCUUUCUGAAGCAUUUGUGUGUUUGAGUUUCCCCCCCCCCUGUAAGGGUAAGUGCAAUUUACAUCCUCUGAAAGAAUUAUCAGGAAUAUUAUCUCUGUCAGUCUCUGCAGGUAUCAUUAUCUGAAAAGAAAGCAUCUGACAAGCAGUUGCGACUAAGACCACGUCACUACUGCUGCUGACUGUGCCUGCAAAUAUCAAAUGAUAUAAAAGUUUUAUUUUUCAAGAAGCAGUGAAUCUGAAGUCUGCUGUCUGUUAUUUUGUGGUUCCUUAAUUCAAAAUGUAAAAGUUUGACUGUAAACUGCAAGUCUGAGGAGUUUAAAACAAGAUAUGUGUGUUUUGCUGUGCUGUCUAAUGCAUUUCAGUUUUUUCCACCUUUCUUUAAAAUGUAAAUGUUUAUAGCAUUUCAUAUAAAAAUUAUAGAUUACAAUAUUUUUAUGUGUGAACAAACUAUUUAGCAACAAUAAUUUUUGAGUGUGGUUCUAACUGUUUUAAUAUCCAGCUUGUGUCUUUAUUUUUUUUGACUGAUUAGAGUUGUCUUGAAACUCAAGCUUUAAAACUUCAGCAAGCAAAUGUAAUUUUCACAAGGCUAACAAAUACUGUAACAAAGCAGUGAGAUGAUAAUUCAAUGAGUACUUAAUUGAAAUGAAAUAAAUAAGAAGAAUGAAA